GCGCGUACUGAAGGAAGGGAAUCAUCCAAAUGAGUUACAGAUCAGGCGCAGCAUGACGUUCUCAAAUAUUGUUAUGACGGAAGAGGAGAUGCUACUGGGCGCCUCGUGAUGGUGGGGCGGUCUCGAGCAGCAUCGGUUUCUCUCGUCUCCGUCUAGCGUAUUUAGCAAAUGUUGUACUGAAGUGUUGGAGACCCGAGUGAGAGGGGAAAAUUAAAACAUGGCGGACAUAGAAGGAGAUGAAAUUCGGUCGGCAGCACCAUCGCUGCUCCACACAUCAUCGCGAAACGGCUCCGGUGUUGGUUCGGCAGUCGGUACCGGAGGCCAAACGGCGACCACGGUGACGUCAGGCCCUCGACUGGUUCGGAUCGUUAAGUCUGAUUCUGGUUAUGGUUUCAACGUUCGGGGACAAGUUAGUGAAGGGGGGCAGCUUCGAAGCAUCAACGGAGAAUUGUAUGCCCCCCUCCAACACGUCAGUGCCGUUUUACCGGGAGGAGCAGCGGACAGAGCUGGUAUCUCAAAGGGAGACCGAAUCUUAGAAGUGAACGGGGUGAAUGUGGAAGGGGCCACACACAAGCAGGUGGUGGACCUGAUCCGGGCCGGGGAGAGGGAGCUGGUCCUGGCCGUGCUCUCCGUGCCCCAGCCCGAGGCCGACAGCCUGGACCCCGGGGACGACGGCAGCACCCAGUCCUGCUACGACUACAGCGACAAGCAGGCCGUGCCCAUCUCGGUGCCCACCUACAAGCACGUGGAGCAGAACGCCGAGAAGUUCGUGGUGUAUAACGUGUACAUGGCAGGAAGGCAGCUAUGCUCCAAGCGCUACCGCGAGUUUGCCAUCCUGCACCAGAACCUGAAGCGCGAGUUCGCCAACUUCACCUUCCCCAAGCUGCCGGGGAAGUGGCCCUUCUCCCUGUCUGAGCAGCAGCUGGACGCCCGCCGCAGGGGCCUGGAGGAGUACCUGGAGAAAGUGUGUUCGGUGAGGGUGAUUGGGGAGAGUGACAUCAUGCAGGAGUUCCUUUCUGAAUCCGAUGAGAACUAUAACGGCGUAUCAGACGUGGAGCUGAGGAUAGCCCUGCCCGACAAGACCACCAUCACCGUCAGAGUGCGCAAGAACUGCACCACCGACCAGGUCUACCAGGCAGUGGUUAUGAAGGUUGGGAUGGACAGCAUCACGGCCAGUUACUUUGCUCUGUUUGAAGUCAUAAACCACUCCUUCGUGCGCAAGCUGGCCCCCAACGAGUUCCCCCACAAACUGUAUGUGCAGAACUACACCUCAGCCGUCCCGGGCACCUGCCUCACACUGCGCAAGUGGCUCUUCACCACCGAGGAGGAGAUCCUGCUCAACGACAACGAGCUGGCCGUCAACUACUGCUUCCACCAGGCGCUGGACGAUGUGAAGAAGGGCUUCAUCAAGGCGGAAGAGAAGUCCUACCAGCUGCAGAAACUGGCUGAGCAGCGCAAGAUGGCCAUGUACUUGAGCAUGCUGCGCUCUUGUGAGGGCUACAACGAGAUCAUCUUCCCCCACUGCUCCUGUGACUCGAGACGCAAGGGCCACGUGAUCACAGCCAUCAGCAUCCGGCACUUCAAACUGCACGCCUGCACCGAGGAGGGCACGCUGGAGAACCAGGUGAUUGCCUUUGAAUGGGGGGAGAUGCAGCGCUGGGACACGGAUGAAGAAGGGAUGGCGUUCUGCUUUGAGUACGCCCGCGGGGAGAAGAAGCCCCGCUGGGUGAAGAUCUUCACCCCUUAUUUCAACUACAUGCACGAGUGUUUCGAGCGCGUCUUCUGCGAACUCAAGUGGAGGAAAGAGGUUGAAGAUGAGGCCACAGACAAGGACAACAGGAACUGCAGCAAAGAUGGUAUGUGUAGUAAGAAUAUCUUCCAGCUGUUGAGACACAGAAGGGAUGGCGGCACCUAGGGGGCGAGAUCGUCACCUCCUAAAAUUCAGCAACGCCUCGCCACACAGCCUCACCAGGCACUCUCCAGCCCGCUACUGACAACCUACUGAACUGAAAACCACACACACACAGACCACACACUCAACAAGGAAACAAACCCAGAGAUCCUACUCGUCAGAAGAUAAAUGAAGGAAGUAAAUGUUGUGUAAAGGUUUAAAAUGAAUAAAUAAUAGUUAACGCGUUAGAAUCCUCCAUACAUCACAUCACUUCAUGGGGUGGGUGACACACGAUUGACGGUACUGGUUGAAGUGACGGAUCAGAGCUGUGUGAUUGGUCGAGGAAGUGGACGUCUGCGACACUACUGGACAAUGAGAAUGGGGAAGGGGGGGAGAUGAAAAGCAAACGGCCACAUGAUUGGCUGUGCAGAUGGACACCCGCAGUGCCAUUGGUUGGGGAGGGCGCUCUGUGAUACGAUUGGUCUGGACCGAUGCUUAGAUGUGCCUCAUGUUCUGAACCAGAAGGAGAAAGAGGAGAACAAGGUGAGAUGUGUGCAGGAAAAGAGCUCUUGGUGCGGACACAUCGCAAAGCAAAUGCAGCAGCCGAGAAGAGAAAGGACUUCAUUUCCCAGAAGGCAGAGGAUUUCUGUGUUUUGGAGUGAAAGGCAAAAUGGCCAAAACUGAAAUGCGAGGAGGAGACACAGAAGGGGCUGAGAAGGGGAAAAUGAACUAAUCUCAUUCUGAAACCAUCACGUGGAAAAACAGUCAUUGGGGAGGGUGUGGUACAUUUGCUGUGAUCUUAAUCCAUCUCAGAGAGAACUAAAGGAAAGAAAAACAUGAACAAAGAAUGAGAGAGACAUGGCUCAUGUCUGGAUGAACAGUCCAGUGAAGGACACCGAAGGACAAUGCGUGUUGGUUUGAGAUGGGAGAGCAACAAUGGGUCUGCCCAGCACUGUGCUGUCAGUACUCGCCCAUAGAGAAUACAGGGUAGCAUUUAUACACCUUUUAUUUUUUUAAAAGCAAUUGCUAAAACAUUUUUUUAAAUCUCGUGGCACAUUUUUCAGGCAUUUAAUGAAAAACAAAUGAAAAUGAAAAACGUGACGGUGUCUAAUUUCAAUCGGAUCAUUGCGCUAAACCAUGCUCCAAAACACCAAUUAACGUUUUUGCAGUUAAUACCUGUAAAGGACAACUGUACACUUUUCAAGGAAGUUGGUAUGAGCCAUGUUUACAAAAAUGCAAAAAAAGACAUCUUUGACAGUACAUUAUGUUUGAAUUAUACGUUUGUGUCUAAGGCUGUUCAAUUUUGAUAUGUAUUGUUCUAGUACUGUGUAGCCAUGUAAAAUGUAUUGCUCUACAAGGCAGAGAUUUGAACGCAAUUUGGAUUUCAUCUUUGUCCGGUCUUGAAAAAUGAACCAGUUGAUUCAAAGCGAGUGUUUUAGCAAUUGUAAAUGAAACUACGAUUGGAGAAGCAGCGAUUCCUCCGGCGCCCAACAGGGGGCCCCGCUUUACUGCGCUAAAGAUGUUUAUAGAGCUAUUUAAGGCAAGUCUUGGUUUAAUGGCCGCCACUCCGUUGAAUGAAGCAGUCGACUGACAGGGCCUGCAUGCACUGUGUCAUCUUAACUGCUGGGGAGUCGUGCAGGAGGGUUUAGUGUGCAUGCAUGCGUGCAUGUGAGUGCGCUCCAUAAAGGAUGCUCCAUUGAGCAGCUGAACAGAGGAUGGGGGGGGGGGGGGUAUCUGGACAGUCGAGCUAGUAGUUUGAUCCGGCUGACUUCACAAAUCUCCUACUUUCUGUAGCUGUGAAGGAAAUGAAACCAGGCUUAAUUAUCUGGUCUGUUGCACAAGAACUCUGUAUAUAAAAUGGAAGCUAAACUGUCGGACACUACAUCAUUCAGGUACAGAACGUUGCUGGUUGAGCACUUGCGUAUUUUGCUAUUUAAAUAUUUUGAAUUUGAUAAUGUCAGGGCGCCAACUCUGAGCUGGUUCUGAAGUGGUGAUCAGGACAGGGACCCAGUGUAGGGGCAGGGUUGGCUGAUCGCAGUGCGGUACAGUCUCGGGGCAGCUUUGGCCGGGUUUGUCUGCAGGUGUGUGCACAGGUGUGUGUGUGUGUGUGUGUGUGCGCGCACGCGCACGCGCAGGAGUGUGCAGGUGUAUGUGUGUGCGUGCGUGUGCACAUGUGAGUGUGUGUGUGCAGGUGUGUGUGGGUGCACAGGUGUGUGUGUGUGCAGGUGUGUGUGUGUGUGUGUGUGCGCACAUGCGUGUGUGUGUGUGUGAAUACGUGGGUGUGCACCUCACUGCUCAGAGGUCGGAGGGUCUGUGCUUUCUUGCCUGGCCAGUAUGUAUUCUCCAGAUUCAAGAGUCCAGCUGAACCACAGGUCACAUUGACUUGAUUAACUUCCAUGAUUAUCCAUCUCACCAUUUUUCCAGACUUAAAAAAAAGAAAAGGAAUUAAAAAAAGAAAAAAAAAUGCUAACUUGAUGCCGUUUUCCGCCUGUAUGUAGCCUUAUUGCUAUUAAAAGCAAGCUCCGUUUCCCAAUGCUGAUUUUUCUGGGCAGUAGCCUCCCUUUCCUGCAGUCUUGUGUAGAACUGUGUAUUGCUGUACGAUUUCAUCACAUGCUUUAUUGCCAUAUCAGUUGGAGGUAUCAUGAGAGUGGUGCAGUGUUAGUCUUCAUAUGUCAUUGUUUUGUGAGCAUCUGAGUUGACGGCCGGUGUUCAUAAAUGUGUGUUUGUGUAUUACAAUGUUCCCCAGUUGUGGUCCUGGGGAUCCACUGGGCAUGUUGGUUUUUGUUGCAGUUUGUGAAGGACGUUUAUGGGAUGUGUUUGCAGAUUUUAAAAAAAAAAAAAGAAAGAAAAAAAAAGUAUUUAUGCAACUUGAUUUUGUACAACAGUGUCCUUUCAACAAUUUAGUAUUACAUAUGUGUUCAGCUUCAUUUGGAUUAUUUUGUUGUCCAGUUCAUUGUAAAAUGGCCAAGAAUGGAAAAAAUAGUUUGGAUCUAUUGAGAAAUGUACAAGUAUUUCCAAUGGGCAACUUGUACACAACAACUGUCUCUAAAUGCACAAAUCUAACAGCGUACAUUUUAUUUAUAUGAAAAAAAAAAAAAAAAAAACUCUAAUUUCCAGAAGUGACUGUAAAACCUUGGCUAUUUUGUUUUAAGUCAUCAUACCCUAGAGUUGGAAGCACUGUACCGUACCGUACCAGAAUGUAACUCAAAAUAGGAUUCAAUUGGUUCAGCUAAUUCUGUUUUUGUUUAUCAAAUCUGACAGUAACUUGAGGACUUAAUUGGCAAACUUUUAUAGAGUUGGCAUUGAAAGUCACUGGAAAAUCAAGUGCUGUUAAAUGAAUGUUACUAAACACAAUGACGCUAUAACAAUGAGGGCUUUCGUUCAACUUCAGUUCUGUAGGUUCUGAAAAGUUUCCGUUUGCUGAUAUAUCAUGCCUUAGUGUUAUUCUGUAUCUCAUUUAUUUCAUUUGAGUGUUAUACUGUAUAUCAUUUAUUUCAUUUGAGUGUUAUACUGUAUAUCAUUUAUUUCAUUUGUUAUAUUUCUCUCCAUCAGUCUCUUCUUGCUUGUGCUUUUUCUCUUUCUGACUGAAAUCACCAACUCUUAAUUUAUUUGAGUAAGAUAUUAAAAGUAGAAAAUCUCUUAAUGUACAGUAUUUUCACCAGUUUGUUGGUUUUUAGAUAAACUUGUAAAAUGUCAAACAAAGGCUAAAGGACACAAAACUAGAGGGCAAAAACAGCAGUGUUUCAUUUUGGUUAACUGCAGAAUAAAAUUCAUAAAACAGGCAUUUGGGGAAAAAAAAGAAAACAAAAAUAAGAACCUAACCACUGGGGAAAAAGCUGAACAAAACAAAGCUGAAAGAAAUGUUUGGUAAUGUCAAUUAGUGUAAUAAAUUGUAACAUAUUCUUUUAAAUAAAUUGUUUUAUUGAUGCAAAUCUC